GAGAACUGGAAGCGUGUUGAGUUGACGCUUGCGUUGUGGCUAGUGUGUGUUCUGGACUGAAGACUGACUGGCAAGGACACUGGAGAUGUAAUGACAUUUGUGUAAUGCUAAGCGCCGUUCUUGGAAGUUGUUGGAGAGACAUUCUGAUAUUUGGUGCAUCAGUGGGCUUCAAGUGACAGCUUUACACGCUCUCAAACAAAACUACGACUGCUUCUCUGGCCUGGUUAAGAAAAAGUUGGUGUAAUGGUGAACGCUUGCUAAAUCUGUCCCUGGGGUCACCCCUGCCCCUUGCUGAGGUGAAUGGCUGCGUGCAGAGGGGGUGCCGCUCUCUGGGUGGGGUGUCUCUGGAACCAGGGCAGCAGUCAUCUGAGGAGGCAGCCAUGCUGGACUGUGUAUCAGAUGCUUGAGCAGCCCUUGAAUGGGUCGGCAAGGACGCUGUGCAGUGCGUCGUGGGCCCUGGUACCGCCCAACAGCCUGCGCUACCAGAACCUGAAACCUCCCUCGUUGUCGCACCCCUUCCACCAUGCGAGUCACCAUCACCAGAGCACCACCACUACCAGCAGCAGUGCAGUUACUGCUGCCGCCACUGCUGCAGUCUCGGAUGAAGACCUGGAGGCCACCGUCAGCCUGUGUGUGCUGCUCCAGCCCAGGGAGCACGAGGAGCAGCACACCCUGGUGGAGGUGUCCCAAUUUGGGCAAGCCAAACUAAGCGAGCUCCUGGCUCUGGGACACAACACCAGGCCUCUGGAGUUUCUCUUGCCUUUAACGACGGUGGACGGACGCAGGGAGGACGACAUAAACAUUACCGCUAAGGACAGGAAGGAGGGGUGUUUGGAGGGGCAAGAGAGUCCGGGGACGGAGGCUAGCGGGUCCUUCAGGAGCUUGUUUGAAACGGAGGGUUGCCCUGCGCCGUUUGUGCUUGGUUCGCGCUUCUACUGUUUUCACUGCCCUGGACUGGAGCCCUUGCUCCCCAGCAACAGUAACGGCAUCAGCAGCAGUAUUGGGGAUAAUAUGCUCAGCCUGAGGCCUGGGGGACAUGAGGUGAUGUUGCACACCGUGGGGCUUCCUCCCCUGCCCUCUGUCUUCCACCUCCAGGCGGAAGCGGACCGAGCGGAGGGGGGCAAGAGCGACCGCGAGCGGGAGAGCGAGGAAAAGCUGGCAGUGAUGUAUGAAAGGUUACGAGUGGAGAUUCCUCAGUUUUUCAUGAAGAGCCAUGACUAUGGCCUUUACUCCAAUGACAUUGAGUUCAUCAACGGACUUCUAAACACCAAGACGAAGGGCCGCUUGUUGUACCAGCUGACGCUGUCUCUGUGGCGGCUGCUGUGUCUGUGCUACUAUGCGGAGGUGCGCAUGGAGGUGCUGAAGAUGACCAAGCACCCGGAGGACGGCACUGUCCGGGCCCGCUGGAGGAUCAAGGGCCUACCCUUCCACUUACUCCUGCUGCGCUUCUACAAGAAGGACAAGAACCAGCUCUAUAGGAAUUUUGAUGCGUUUUCCACAUUUUACCUGGGCUCAGAUGGCCUCAUCCAUGGCCAUAGAGUGGAAAAGGUGAUGCAGGCCCAGCCUCCCGUGCUGCCCCGGGUCACUUCUCUGCUGGCUGGGGCCCUGGUGGCUCUGGGGAUCCAGGAAAAUCGGCCGGCUCUCAACCUGCUGCCCUUCCUGCUCUCCUCCCUCAAGCAGGGCAGAGAAUGAUGGAGAGAGAGGGGGGUGGGUGGAUGGGGGCUGAUGUGUGAAAGAGUGAUUGGGAGUGAGAGUGAGCGAGAGAGUGAUAGUGAGACUGGGAGAAUCUGGACUUUGGAGGUCAAACAGGACCUGGACUGUGGAGAAAAGGAGUGUCUAUGUGCCAGAAUUGGGCGGGGAUUAUGAGAGAAAAGGAGAGGGGAGAAGAAGUAAGAGAGCUGUUAAAAAAGAGGUAAGCGGUUGGGUUGUUCACGAGGCAAACGAGGGGGUGAUUAAAUGCCUACAACCCUCGGUAGGAAGAACGCAUCAUUUUAAAAACAACAAUAAGUAAAUAUCACACUUGAAAUGACUAUACCUGUGGGUUUUUUAUUUUAAUUGAAAUCAUCCUGUUCUCCCUACCCCUCCCCUCUGCGCUUCAAUUGUACAGACAAAGCUUUAAUCCUUUGGUGUAUGUGUCCCUCCCGUUAGACGCAAAGCGUUUGUAGUAUUCGUGAAGAGGUGUCUCAAACACGACCAGAGUUAUUAUUAUUAUUAUUAUGCAAACCAAUGCCCUCCAUCGUGUCCACCCGUUCGGAGGAGGAUCACCGAACUUUCUCUAGGAGCUUUCAGGGUGGCUUCUAUCUUAACGCACAAUCCAUGCACGCACCUUAGGCAAGCUGCAGUGGCUUAAAUGAUGUACAGAUUAUAUUGAUAGUGAUAUUAGGAAAGUACUACAAACACAGACAUUAUUUACACAUAUCCCUGUAGACUUGUAUAUUUCACAACAUUUGAGAAACCCAUUUUGACUGAGACAGACUGAGAUGCAUUGUUUUGCUGAUACUGGCACACAGCAUCAUACCAGUGAUAUUUUGUGAUGUUCUCUCUCACAGGGUACACUUUUACAGUUAUUGAUAAACUGGUUGAUUUUGGACAGCCACACACCCAUUCAAGAGCAGCAUGUAUACUGUCAGACAUUUCAGAGUAGGUAAGAUGUGAAGGAUAACUUAAAAUAACGAAGGGCGAAAAUACAAGGCAUUGGGUAAUGUUACUUUUUCUUCUCCCUUUGGCUGUUGGAAAUGGUCCCCUAUUCACCUCAACUUUCAUUGUGUCACUUAUUCUAACUCGGUUAUGGCUGAGAGGAAAUGUGUAGUAGCAAUUAAUCUCAGUCAGUACAUUCAAUUUUUUUGUCUUUGUCUCAUUUAAGAAGUUGAAUCGUGGACCCAUGGAAUCAAAAUACUGUACAGGACCUAAUCAGUUACAUUUGGAAUAUAGCUGAACUGUACAGUUUGCAAUUUUAACCCUCAAAUCCCCAUUGCUCUCAUUAAUCCGAAAUCCUAAUCUCUAUGUGAAGCUGCCAGAAACCUCUAUUUAAAAUUUGUGUCAAAACCAUUGGCUUACUAUAGCGAAACACGUCCUGUUGUCAGAGAGCUCAAAGCCAAUACGUUAAAAGUUUAAAAUCUCAUUUUUAGAAAAUGUAAUAAUAAUACCAAAAAAAUGAUGGUAUACUUCCUCUGUUGUUACUGUCUGUGACCCAUCUGACGAUGCCACACAACUGCAAGUAAUGCUCGUGCUUUGUAAAAGUCUAGAGUUUUAAAAAAUAAGCAUGAUCGAUGUCACUCUACAGUUAUUACUCCAGGAAACCUACAGUAGAAAAACUCAUGACUAAACUCCUCAUGCUGGUACUGUGAUGGCAAUUAUGAUUUUUUUUUUUCUGUGUGUCUGUAAUAAUUCAACUUUGCAGUGGAAUAAAACAGUAUGUGAAUGA